AUGCCACCAUUGAUCAGUUCAUCAUCUCUAAAUGGUGAUGAAUUGGAAGAACUUGAUCUCAAUGAAGAUUAUGCUAGUGGUGAAGUGUUUAAGAAUGGGAAUGAUGAUGAUUCGUCUCCAGAGCCAUUGCAUAAGGGAGCUUCUUGGAUAUCAAUCUUGUUCUUUAUGUUUGCUGGCAAGUUGAUGAGUAUUGGCUUUAGAAGGGCUGGUGAGAAUUAUUUGAUGAAAAUGAUAAAGAACAUGUUGAAUCGUGUUGGAAUCUUUGGUCGAUUUGAGAUUAGAAAGGAGGAGGGAAUGAAUCAUGGGGAUAUUCCCAAGUUGGCCGAAAGUGAAAAGUCAAGCAAUCAUUGUGAAUUAUUCGAAAGAGAAUAUAGAGAAUUGUAUCGUGAGAGGGGCAAUUAUCGUGAAGAUGGAGGAUUUAGAAAGAAUUAUGGAGGUCUAUUGUUGAGAGUAAUUGAGAGAGUUUAUAGAAGAAGAGGAUUGUAUACAGUUUCUUUGUGGAGAGUUGCAGAAAUGAUAUGUUUGUACAUGUCACCACUCAUUCUCUAUAUUUUACUCGAGUCAAUCAAAGUUGAUGAGUAUGUGAAAAGUGCUAUACCAGCAGCCACUCAAUAUUUAAUUCCAACAUCUUCUUACGGAAUAUUGAGUAAUGACACUGUCAUUGCAUCCAAUUUCACAAUGAACAAUGAAACAAAUUGGUUUCAAGAAAACUUGCCACUCUCAAAUAUUUUCUUCCAGUUAACUUUGGUACUUUUUUGCAACUUCUAA